CCCGCCCCCACCUCACAGUCCCUGCUCGGCCUUGGCAGCAGCAGCACCAGCAGGAGCAGAAGACUGCUGGGAGGAUGGAGACAUGUUGGCUAGACCCAUUACCUUAUGCAGCGGGGGGCAAGGUCAGCAAGCCACAAGGAAAGGAACCCCCACCCGCACAACAAACCUUGGGUAAGAAGAAAACAAAGAAGAAGAAAAAGAAGUCUAGGCAGGAAGACGCAGAAAAGCAACCUGGCAAAAGCAAAAAGCAGCCUGUGUUUCUGUCCUCGCCUGAACUGCUCCAUCUAUGCAGCAACAGGACAACAGAAGAUGAUGCUUCAAAAGACACUGCAGGCAGGACAGCACGUCAGCUCUCCUCCUCCACAUCCAACUUCUUGUUGUUGACCGAAGGCAACUCUGAUCAGUCUAACGAGAGUCUUCGAUGGAACGGAAUUCUGGACGAUCCAGCGGCAGAAGAGGAGAGACUCUGGCAGUAUCGACUGAACAGAAGGAAACGCUAUGGCGCAUACAUCCAGCAAAGCCUGCCUCCAGAGCCGUCCCUCACACUCAAGCAUCUGCCACAACUUUGUAAAUUUGCCCAUCUGAACAGUGACCACUUGUUCGGUAAGACAGAACUUGCCACUUCACAGAAUUCUAAGACAUAACCAAAGCAUCGAAGAGGCAAGCUGCGCGAGUUCCAAUUAUUUCUCAGGAAACUGUGUAAAUCUUUUCAACCCCUCUCAUUUGGCUUCUUCUCCCUUUCUCUUCUUUAAAGCUAAGACAAGAGUUUAAUUCCCAGCUAGGUUAAUUGUUUCUUCAAAGUUCAUGAAAUUAUGAAUUCUUUUAUCAAUUAUCCCAAACCUACAUACUAUUAUUUUUAAAUUUUGCAA